GUUGGGCGAGGCUGUCAGUCGAGGAGGGCGGGCUGUCCGCGCUCGGCCGAGUCUCUCCCUCCGCGCUGGGGCCCGCCCGCGGGGCCGGCCGCCUGUCAGAGGGAGGUGGUGAUGGUGCACACGGUGGCGGCGACGGCCCUCGGUCGGAUGGCAGGGAAGAGAAGAUGACUGGCCCAACCGACUAGCUGAAUGAAUGAAUGGCGAAGCCGAGCGCGCCAUGAGGAGCCUGCCGAGCCUGGGCGGCCUCGCCCUGUUGUGCUGCGCCGCCGCCGCUGCCGCGGCAGCCUCGGCAGCCUCGGCGGGGAAUGUCACCGGUGGCGGCGGGGCCGAGGGGCAGGUGGACGCGUCGCCGGGUCCGGGGCUGCGGGGCGAGCCCAGCUACUCCUCUCCUGAGGCGACGGCUCCCACGGCCCAGGCCCCGAGGACCGGACCCCCGCGCCCUACUGUCCGCCGACCCCCGGCUGCGACCUCUCCAUCCCGGUCUCCGGAGACCACCCCUCCUCUGGCGGCGACCGGACCCGCGCUGACCACCUUCCAGGAGACCACCCCUCUGGAGGCGGAUCUCACGCCCACUGCCCCUCGGGCGCCGACUAGUCCUGCGCCGACCACCCUUUGGAGCACCACUGGCCUGGCGCCGACCACCCCUGUAGCGACCACUGUUCUGGCGCCGACUGCUCCCCGGACCCCGACUCCUGGUCUCCCCAGCAGCAGCAGCAGCAGCAGCAGCAGCAGCAGCCGCCUCCUGCCCACCCCACCUGUCACCGAGGCCCCUUCUCUUCCUCCCCGAGAGUAUUUAUGUAACUGCUCUAGGGUUGGAACCCUGGAUGUGAAGCACUGCAAUGAGACCACAGGGCAGUGUGAGUGUCAGCAAGGGUAUCAGGGUCUUCACUGUGAAACCUGCAAGGAGGGCUUUUACAUGAAUCACACUUCUGGGCUCUGCCUGCCGUGUCACUGUAGUCCGCAGGGAGCCCUCAGCAAACUCUGCAACAGUUCGGGGAAUUGCCAGUGCAGAGUGGGCGUCACCGGCUUUACAUGUAAUCAAUGCCAAGAUGGAUAUUAUGGCUUUAAUAAGAAUGGUUGCUUGCCCUGCCAGUGUAAUAAUCGGUCAGCCAGUUGUGAUGCACGCACAGGUGUUUGUUUGAACUGCCAGGAAAAUAGCAAAGGGGAUCACUGUGAAGAAUGCAAAGAAGGAUUUUAUCAGAGUCCUUAUCCCAGUAAAAGAUGUCUUCACUGUCCUUGUUCAGCAGUGACAUCUACAGGCAAUUGCACGAUAGAAUUGGAUGAAUUGGAACCUAAAUGUGUCCAGUGUAAAGAUGGAUAUACAGGCCAGAACUGCAAUAAAUGUGAAAAUGGCUAUUACAAUUCUGACAGCAUCUGUAUACCAUGCCAAUGUCAUGGCCACGUGGACCCAAUUAAAACUCCAAAGAUUUGUAGGCCUGAGAGUGGUGAGUGUAUCAACUGCCUCCAUAACACCAGUGGGUUUUGGUGUGAGAACUGCCUAGAAGGUUAUGUCCGAGACAUCGAGAGACAUUGCAUCAAGAAAGAAGUUAUUGUUCCAACACCUGAAGGUUCUACCAUUUUGGUUUCCAAUGCCUCUUUGACUACAUCAGUGCCCACCCCUGUUAUAAAUAGUACAUUUACCCCCACAACCCUGCAGACUAUCUUUUCAGUAAGCUCUUCUGAAAACAGCACGUCAGCUUUAGCUGAUGUGUCAUGGACUCAAUUUAACAUCAUCAUUUUGACAGUCAUUAUCAUUGUGGUUGUACUGUUAAUGGGAUUUGUGGGGGCUGUAUACAUGUACCGUGAGUACCAAAACCGGAAACUCAAUGCCCCUUUUUGGACCAUCGAGCUGAAAGAAGACAAUAUCAGUUUCAGCAGCUACCACGACAGCAUUCCCAAUGCCGAUGUGUCAGGAUUGUUGGAAGACGACGGCAAUGAAGUGGCUCCCAAUGGGCAACUGACCCUGACGACACCCAUACAUAACUACAAAGCCUAAGGAGCUAGAAGUGUUCUCCUGAAUUGCUAAGCCACAGUGCUUUCUAAGACAGCUUUGGCCCCUGGGCCAGACAAAGCCUGGGUAGAGUUUGCUGAGAAAGCAAAGGCAAAAAUAGUGCAUCUGAAAUUUUCAGGUACAAAUUUGUCAUGUUCUUAGCCUAUCUAUUGCUCUUAGUUUUCCCAUGAAGAUCAUAAGCAUUCACUGUUGUUAAGAACUUGAAGUAAAGUAUAUUUUUGUACCAAACUACAUGGGAGUAUGGAAAGGCUGAACCCCAUAGUGCUGCCCAAAUCCACUUUGACCUCCAAAUAGACUACUGGGGAGUGUUCACCUCACCAGCGGUACCAGGAUGAUGGAUGUGGAGGGGAAAGGACUGACUGCUGGAAGACUUCAUCUCCAUUCCUGAAACACAUUCUUUUUUAAAGGAAGGUCAGGGAUUAUAUUCAUUUUACUGUACUAAAAUGUACACAUCAUUAAGGAAAAGCUGGUGUCUAGGCUAUAUCAUAAUAAACAGUCUUGAUUGUUUCUAGAAUAAGGGCAGAAAAGUCCCAAGAAGGUCUUUAGAAGGGCUUGAUUUUUCCUCUUAGGAUUCUUGCUCAGUGAUAGGAUUAAAGUACAGGAUAAAAUCACAGUAGAGAGCAGAAGGCAGCAUUGGGGGAGCAGGAAGCUGAAGGUCCUCCUCAGGGGCUCAGUGUAAAUGAUAAAUUGUCUAAAAAUAAGGCACAUUCCUGCCUCUAAAGAAGUAAGGUGUACAUAGUUAAUGUAGCAUAUCUGGUCAAUGUUGUAUUUGUAUCUAUUUGUAAAAAACAUGUCAUAUUUUAUCAUCUAGAAUUUAUUUGUACAGCAGUUAAUGGUGUUGUAAAAAGGAAAUACAGAGAUUGGUUAAAAUACUGUAAAAUAGAUGGCAAUAUUGCUAGAGCUGGGACUCUGGUGAGCAUCCGUCAUUUUUAGUCCCUCUUUGGACAUUGUUAAAAUUUAUAAGCAGUUGAAUAUUUCUAAUCCUUUCCUUUCUCAACCUAAAAGUAGAGUUAUGUGCUCUUCGAUUUACUAUAGAUUCAAGCAAUAGGUUUUGAAGCCAGUAAUUAUUAAGCUGGGACACAGGCUGCAUUCUCCAAAAUACUCACUUAAUUAGGUACUGGCCACUUGAUAUUUUACAUAAGUUAAUAUAAAACAUAUCCUCAUUAAAAUAUUUUUUUCUUGAAUGUAAAAGAUAGUCUUCCAAAGGACAGACAUCUUUGAGCUCCAAAAGAAAAGCCAUCAUAUCACUUGGGAUCUCUAGUUUCCAUGCCUGUGAAAUGUUUAUAUCUUUCUCAUCUCUGCUCCUAACUAGAAAACCUCCUAUAUUUAAACAUAGCCCAUCACUCAUUUGCCAUGAGGUGUAUUCCAUCUCUCUGCAGUGCUGUAGCUCUUCCACUGUCUUCUUUUUGGCUAGAGGGUAGCUCUGUAGUUGAUAUAUAGUUAGUCCUUGCUUUUACAUUCAAUUUUCCACCUAAAAGUCAAGUAUUCUUGCUCUCAUCUAUUAUAUUGACAGAAUUGUGGAAUAAGCAAGCCUAGAAUGGUGGCCAGAAGUCAAAUAUAGAUUAUUUAUUAAGAGGAACGGCAAACUGUGAAGUGGUUAGCAAAAAGUAAGAACUUCUUACUGGAUUAGACCUAGAAAUCAAGUUGACCUGUUGGCCCAACUUCCCCAGAGAAGAACCUAGAAUUUGUCACCCUCUAUAGGAGACCUCUAAGUUGUUCUCAGGGCUUGCAUGCUGUUCUAGAGAAUGCAUAGACAGAUAAUUUGUUUCUGGUAACCUGAGGGUGCUUGCCCAUUGCUCACAAGAGUAGACAUUAUAUUAUAUUAAAAUUAUUAGCAUUUCUCCUGUCCUUUGUAGUUUACAAGUCACUUUUCAGUAUGUAUGUUCUUUGUUUCUCAUGAUAGCCCCCUAAGGAAGUAAUUACUCUACCCAUAUUAUAGAUGAGAAGACUGAGGCACCGAGGGGCUAAAUAUGUUCUUCACGGCUGCAUGAUGUGUGUCAUAGGCUCAGAAUCAGGACUCCCAACUCUGUAGCACAUAUGAUUUUAACUAUACACCUAGUGUAAAAUUUGCCUAGCUAUGGGCACAAAUGGGCUAGGAGGAAUAGUCCCAUCUGUGGAACUUUCUGUAGUUUUUGUAACUCCAAGAUACAAUUCAGGGAUAAACAGCUAUGAAGAACUUCGUGGAAAGAAUACAGGAAGAUUAGAAUCUGAAGCCAGUAUUCAUGAUAAGAAAACAAGGCUUCCAGUUUGUGUUUUUUUAAAGUGAAUCAUUCCCCCAAGGAAGGAGGGAAAAUUUUCUUCCUUUAGCGGUUGCUGCAUAGGCAUGUAUAGGCCAUGCACUGCAGAAUUCCAAGGAAUUGUGCAAAGUGGCAUAGCUGCCUUUCUCCUGGACACCCUACCCCCUGAAAAAAAUCAGGAUUGAAUUGAGGCUGGUGAGGAAUAAACAUUUGUUAAACAGAAGUUAACCCAAUAAAGAAAAGAGGGUUGGAGUCUAAGACCCAAAGUCAAAUAGUAUUCUGGCCAUGUAGAGAUUCCUUGAAAUAGACCUUAAAGAAAUUGCAAAAAUUGAAUCACAAAGACCAUUUACUUUUACAUACUAAUGAACAGAUCCUAGGUCAUAGUCUUAGUUUUUUCCAAUGGAAGAAAAAUUAAGGCCUUAAAACUUGUUUUGAAUAAUAUUCUUUAAUGACCCAGGGCUUUGCUUGUGGAAAUUAUCUUGCUCUGAAAUAGAAAUCAAUCAUGAGUUCACCUAUCACUGAAAUCAAACUAGAAAACUAGUCUGAAAGACUCUGCACAAUAUUCAUUCUUCUAAAAUCCCCAUGAACUACAGUGUCCAGCAACAGUCCUUUAGAGAUCCUACUAUUAGAAGAAUUUCUGUCUAAGGAUUAGAAAUGUGUGGUUUUUAAAAAUAAGGCAAUGUGAAUCUUACUGAGAAAUAAAAUACAGUACUGCUGUUAAGUGA